GCGGGGGGGCGGUGGGCGCUGCGAUUGGCCGGGCGGGUCACGUGCGGUGGGGGCUGCGGCCGCCACAGUAAACAUGGAGUCGAUCUUCCACGAGCGGCAAGAAGGCUCGUUGUGUGCUCAGCAUUGUCUGAAUAAUUUGCUGCAAGGUGAAUACUUUAGUCCUGUUGAGUUAUCCUCUAUUGCACAGCAAUUGGAUGAGGAAGAAAGGAUGAGAAUGGCAGAGGGAGGAGUAUCUAGUGAAGAAUACAGAACAUUUUUACAGCAGCCUUCUGUAAAUAUGGAUGAUAGUGGAUUCUUCUCAAUUCAAGUUAUAAGCAAUGCCUUGAAAGUGUGGGGUUUAGAACUAAUCCUCUUCAACAGCCCAGAGUACCAGAGACUUGGGAUUGAUCCUAUAAAUGAAAAAUCAUUUAUUUGUAAUUAUAAGGAACACUGGUUUACAGUUCGAAAGUUAGGAAAACAGUGGUUUAACUUGAACUCUCUCUUGAUGGGUCCAGAACUAAUAUCAGAUACAUAUCUUGCACUUUUCUUGGCUCAAUUACAACAGGAAGGUUAUUCCAUAUUUGUAGUAAAAGGUGACCUGCCAGACUGUGAGGCUGAUCAGCUGCUGCAGAUGAUUCGGGUACAGCAGAUGCAGCGACCAAAACUGAUUGGAGAAGAGGCAGCACAGUCAAGAGAUCAGAGGCUAUCCCGAGGUGAUGUGGACCAAGCAAUAGAAGUUAACCAUCCUUUUGAUGGAACAGGCAUGUUAGAUGAAGAUGAAGAGAAUUUUCAGAGAGCCCUGGCUCUAAGCAGGCAGGAAAUUGAUAUGGAGGAUGAAGAGGCUGAUCUUCGCAGAGCCAUCCAGCUCAGCAUGCAAGGCAGCCGUCGCAGUGAGCUCUCAGGCUCAUCACCACAGAAUGUGCCUCAGCCGUCUCACAGCAGCCAGACAGAGUCCCUUUCCUCAGAAGAGCUGCGAAGGAGAAGACAAGCAUAUUUUGAAAAACAGCAACAACAGCUACAGCAGCAAAAUCAGACUCCAAACCUACAGGACAAAGCAACUCUCAGUUCAAGCACUUCAGAAUCUGGCACAGGAGGAGAUAUGAGUGAAGAAGACAUGCUUCAAGCAGCCAUGAAUAUGUCUCUGGAGUCUGUCAGAAACCACUUGAAUUCAGAAGAGGAGAAAUAACCUCAUUUUUUCCCUCUUAUUGUCAAAACGCUAAGUCUCCAUUAAAAUUCUACUGUGUGGAUGUUGCACAAGCAGGGUUCAUUUCAGAGUUCUGGAAGCAGGAAUGAAAGGGGGCUGCUGGAGGUCAGUUUAGAGAGGAUCUGCAAAUACAAAAAAGAUUGCACUAAUUCAGAGAACUGUAGCACUCCUACAAAACAUCUGCUCACAAGAGUAGUGUGUUAAAAUUACUGGAACCAUUCACACAAAGUUAGACAAGGGUAGCAGCUGUAACUUCAAAAAGUAAAGCUUUUAAAGCUUGCAUUAAAAAAGCAAGUUUAAAUUGUUUUGAAGAAUUCUAUAGAAGAUACAAAUGGUGCUGAAAACAGCAUCAAAUUAUUUUCUUCAGUACUAAUGGAAAAACAGAUACAAGUAAUAAGUUAUGCUCAUAAAUUAUUUUUAAUAGAUCACUCUAAAAUGGAGAGAGUAAUUAAAUUCCAGUUAUCUUAAAUAAUUUAUUUUGUGAUUGUUUAUUAUGAACGACUUAACGUCAACUUUUUGAUCCUGCUGUCCACUUUUGAAAUGAUCCAUUCUGCAGGAGAAACAAGAACCCAUAAAUUUCAUACUGUUCAAUUCAAGGCAAAAUUGUAUUGUUGGCUAUAAUGUUACUCCUGAGUCUUCAGUGAUUUCUGACUUUGUAACAAUUUUUGGUUUUACUGUCAAUUCCAAUUGUACAUUUUAGAUCUGUGUUUAACAUACUGUUUUUUAGCAGAUAACUUGCCUUAUUUGGCUUGGGGUUUUGUUGUUCUUGUUUCUUUUUAAUUAUUGUUUUCUUAUGUUCUUUCUUGUUAAAGCCACUUUCUUUUUACUUCAAAAGCAGCAUAUACUCAAUUGGGUUUAGCAGGUUUUCUUUUCUACUUCUUCCAGAGAAUUUUCCUCUUCAAGCUCAACCUUUUAUUCUGGCCUUUCAGUAUGAAAGAGCUGGAACUGAGUGUAGGAGAAAGUAGGAGGGGAUUUAGGUGCCAUAAAGUCAGUGCCACACUCAAAGAUGCACUCCUGCAAUCUGAAAUGACCCCUGUGCAAGUAGCUCUUUUAAGAAUGAAUAUUUAUGCCUGUGUGGAUGUUCUUUCUGAAAUGCUUUCCAUGAGUGUCUGUCAGAAUGUUGCAGUUUUUUCAGGAAUGGCCUUUAUUCACGCACCUUACAAUUUUUUAUUACGUUGUUUCUGAUCCUGAGAAAAAUUGGGAAGCAAAGUAUGUGAGAUGGCUUAUGCUACUGGUUGUAAGACAUUUGCUUUGAUAUCCAGGAUGAAUGUGUAACAGGGUGACCAAACCUGACCUUGAACUUCAGUGCAACAAAAGAGAGAUGUUUCAUUUUCCUAAAUGGUGCUUGAAAUACAAAUUCUGUUUACAUAUAAAUUAUAUGGAAAUAUGUUGUAGAUAGAUAGAGUAUAUAAGCUGUAGUCCAGUUAAAGCAUUAACAGUUAGCACAGGCAUUCUAAGAAUCUUUCAAAGAUAACCCCAAAUUUCUUUAUCAAAAAAUUCUCAAGUUACAUCUUUGCACAAUAGUAACAAUUAAAAUUAGUAGGAAAUGAAUGGUAGCUAGAUGGAUAUACACAUUCAGCAUCAAGUAGUACUGUACAUGAAAGGGCUCUUACCUCUCAGUAAAGAUUUGUUUACAGCAAUGGUUUCCUGAUAGCUUGGGAUAUUAAUAUAGUAUGCAUAGUUGAGCUAAAUUCUGUUUUUCUUAUCUAUGUGCUGGAUUUUCACCAAUGUCACCAGAACCACUGGUAUGUGUUACACAAUUUGGAUUUUGAGAUGAGACAGCACUACUUUUUAAAAACUGAUUUUUGUAUUUUUAAAAUAAUCCUGUCAUCCACAUUACAAUUAUUUGUGAUGUCUCAAAUUAAUAUAGCUAAACAAUUACUUUAAAAGUCCAUGUAUGCACAUGCCAUUUUGAAAUGCUGUAUUUUUCAGGGUGUGAUUUUUUGCUUUCAGUUUGAAAUUUCUAUGAAACUGAAAGCAAGAAAGGUGUCUAAAGCACUGAUUUUUUUUUUCUUGUCUGUCAAUUAACCACAGCUUAAUUUUCCUUUCUUGGUUGUGCCAUAAACUAAUUCAGAAAUAAGACUCAUUUUUAUAAAUAGAUGUAGAUUGGCAAGCUGAUGCCAGUAUUUGGAACUCAGACCUUUUAUUCUCUCUUAUAAGAACAUAAUAAAAAUAUUAUUUCUAGCUCUAGCAGCCCUAUAUUUAAAAAAAAAAAAAACCAACAAAAAUUCAGCCCCUUAAAUCUCACUGACUGUAACCCAGGCCAACUACAUGAUUUUAUAAUCACUAAAAUAUGGAGGUUUGCCUUUGAACUUUCAUGUCACAUCAUUAGUCACUUCAUCACCCCAGUAUUUUAAUAUGGAAGAAAUAUAAAAUGUCGGUGCCUGAAAGGCACAGCUGAGUCAGUGAUCACAGGGGCAACUAUUUUCCUUUCUGUUGAGAAAUGCUGUCAGUCAGCAAAUACCAGUUUGAUUUUUAGAGAAAUGUCAAGUUGAAUGAUGUAGGCAUAUUGAUUAGACAAGCAGGUACCAGAGAGCAAUUUAAGCUACGUCUGUUAAUUCAUGUGAUUUUGUCACUGAAAAGGACCUAAACCAGCCAGUCCACCACUAACUGUAAUGUUCCCAAGCACCACAGCUGCACCUCUUGUAAACAGCUUCAGGGAGGGGGCUCAACCACUUGCCUGGGCAGCCUGUUCCAAUGGUGGGCAACCUUUUCAGGGUAGAAACACUUCCUGAUACCCAAACUGAACCUCCCCUGGUACAAACCGAGGCCAUUUCCUCUCAUCUUGUCACUUGUUACCUGGGAGCUGAGGCUGACCCCCACCACGCUACAACCUCCUUUUAGGGCUUGUAGGGAGUGACAGGGCCUCUGUUUGAACUGUACCCAAGGAAAAAACUCAUACUAAUUGCUGACAGUACAUUUUUUAUAACCCAGGUCUCAAGUUCAAAAUGUCUGGGCCUGCCAAGAAGCUGUCAAUAAACUGCUGUCAUUUUUUGGUGUUCAUUCUUUCAGUGAUAAACAGUUAUCAGUGUGACUUAACUAUGCUUUUAAUUUACUAAUUUAGAGUGUACUUCUGGUGUUACCUACCCUGUCAAGCUGAAGGGUUGGGUUUUUUCCCAUGUUAUAGCUUUAGGCCAAAGUCCAUUGUAAGGGAGCAGACAUUGGUUUUUGUUGGUGGGUUGUUGGUUUUUUUUUUAAUUAUAGAAUUAUAUUUGAUGGAAUUUCAGGCUUCAUUCAUUCAACAGAGUUUACUGUUUUCCAGUGAAUGGUCCAUAUGACAUAAGUUAUGGUUUUGUGCCAGUAAAAAUAAAAGGGGCAGGAGUAAUACAAUAGUCUUCCAUAAUUACUUCUCUGAGUAUAAUUCUACAAACUGCUUUCAUGGUGUUACAGUGAAGGCAGGAGGAACAAGAGCUGUAAUGCAGUCAUGCUUGCAUGCAGUUCUUGUUAGGCACAGCAAGUACAAAUAUGGGCUGUUUAAAUGCUUACAUUUUUCUAGAGCUGAAACUAAUAUAUGAUAUGAUAUGAUAUGAUAUGAUAUGAUAUGAUAUGAUAUGAUAUGAUAUGAUAUGAUAUGAUAUGAUAUGAUGCUGGCUUACUUUAAGAUUUGGGCUUCCUGUGUCCUUCCAAGAACUGAAGCAAAUAUAAGUGUAGUUUUCAGCUAAGGUACUUUUCUGACUUGUCAUACUUCAUUACUUUGCAGACUACUUCAAAAUAACCAAUUCAAAUGUAAAUCUGUGAUGUGUUUUAGUAUUGGACUACUGCUUCUGUUACAAACUUACAGAAUGGGGGGGAUUAAAAUGGCUUCUGCAGGUGUCUAGUAGACAAAUAUCAUUUGCAGGCUGGUUUGUCUUAUUAGAAAACUGACUGGCUUAAAAAUUAACAUGUUACAGUUCUAAAAUGUGACAUUUUCUAGUAUUAAUUGGUUCAAACAAUAAUAAAAACAUAAAAACGGUGACCUUGUACAGAAAAAUACAGUAUAUAGGGGAAUAGGAUCAGAGAAUUAGAAUUCAGGCUUACAAAGUAGUAUUCUGCAGUUCACAUUACCAGCACUUCACUCUUAAAGGAAUUGAAAUAAGAAUCCAAGGAAGAGAAUAACUGAUGUGGAAACUUUUUAAGGGCUUAGGUAGAAAAUUAUGUUGUUUGCUUGGUAAGCCAUUACUGUCUUGCAUAGAACAAACUUAAGUCCUGGAAAAUCUUGAUAGUUAUUUACAAAUCAUUAAAAAAAAAAAAAAGAAAAUAUGUCCAAUAUGUAAUAAAUACAUACCUAUUCCAUGUACACAAUCACUUGGUCAAGUGAGAACAAUACUUAAUACAUUUAAACUGCCUGGGUCCAAAUUCUUCUUCAGUUUAGAAUUGGUAGCUUUGUCUUGUGUCUAGGUUUUCAUCUUAAAAGCAUGAGCUCUUCUGCAAUAAAUUGUUUUAAUCCUCAUACACACAUUUUGCCUUAUUUGCAUUUCAGAGAUGGAGGGAAUGCUGGAGUAUUUAACCUGCCAUAGUCACCUUCUUCCCCAGUUACAGUUCUUCAGACAGUUAGUACGUGUGACUUUUCAACUGCUUUCAUCAAAUCAAAAUACCUAUAUAUUAUUUUCCUUGUUAAGAAAAAUAAUUAUAACUACACUUUUCUUUUAAUCUCCCCCCAUCCUCAGUGCAGCCACUGUGUGAAUUCAGGAAGGAACUUCAGGAGGGAAAAAAGGGAUGUAAUACUUAAAUGCCACUGUGCAAAUGCAAAAUGAAAAAAAAAAAGGAAGAUACAAACUUUGAUUUUGUCUUUAAAGCAUGUAAGCUUUGGUAAAAUGUUACUUUUUGCUACAUGAAACCCCCUGUGUACAAAUCACUGUAGAGUUAGGAUUUUGUAAGGGAAUAAUUUUUCAUCUCUUACCUAAUAGUUGUGUAUUUUAGAAAUCAUUUUCAGUAAGAUUUUUUUUUGUCAAGACUGUUUUCAUAUCACAUCUCUGGCUCUGGAUUCCUGUAUAAUUUUGCCUAUUUUGUGUAUAUAAAGCAUAGAAUACUGAAAAGAUUUUAAAAGGGAAAGCUGAAAUGCUUUGUCAUUGUUUUGACUGGAAAAUGGCAGCACUGUUCGAUAUUUUGAAAAUGCUCUCCAAAUAGGCAUGAAUAUAUAUGGUUGUAUUUGAUAUCACUUUUUUAAAUAAAUAUGAUUAUAGCUUCUAA